UCAACAGGAGGCUCUGUGCGGUCCAGGCGAGAGGGAGGGGGCCUGGCCGGUGGGGUGGGGGCCUCAGGGGAAGCCGACUGCCCCCUGUAGCCUCGGUGGCUGGUGGCCGGUGCUGCCAUGUGGCGACUAGAAACCUGGGGAGGAACUGGCUGGGUUUGCUCAGUGGGAGGGAGAGGAGAGGAAGUCGAAACAUUAAACUCGAGUUGCCUGCGAGGCAUCGGGCCGGGAGGUGGGGCUGGGUCGGGGCCCGCAGAGCUUUCCGGUGGGACUGCGGUGGCAUCUGGGAGCACCGGGCCUCCGCGUGGGGGAGGGAGCAGCCUGCAGACACCCCAGCCCGCGCCCAGCCCCAGCCCCAGCCCCAGCCCCAGCCCCAGCCCCAGUGGAGGAAGUGGGCGGCUGGCCCCUGCCUCCUGGGCCCUGCAGCCCCUCUGACCUGGGGAGCCCAGAACCUGCUUCUGGGUGAAGCCGGGGCCACCAUUGGAGCUCCGUGACCCUCAUUUUCUCACGUGGAGGAAGCCGCCGGGGCUGGCGGGAGGAUGGAGCCUGAGUCCCUCUACAACCUGCUACAGGCGCCCAGGCCGGCGGAGGAGGAGCUCCCACAAGGGGAAAAGAAGAAAUUCCUGCCCCCCGUGUCCCGGAAGGACCCCAAAUUUGAAGAACUGCAGAGGGUGCUGAUGGAGUGGAUCAACGCCCAGCUCCUCCCCGAGCACAUUGUGGUCCGGAGUCUGGAGGAGGACAUGUUCGACGGGCUCAUCCUGCACCACCUUUUCCAGAAGCUGGCGGGGACCAAGCUGGACGUGGAGGAGAUCGCCUUGACCGCCAUGAGCCAGAGGCGCAAGCUCGAGGUGGUCCUGGAGGCCACCAACCGCUGCCUGCAGGUGGAGGAGCCCAAGUGGAGCGUGGACGCCAUCUUUAACAAGGACCUGCUGGCCACCUUGCAUCUCCUCCUGGCCCUGGCCAAGCGCUUCCAGGCCGACCUGCCCCUCCCACCCAACGUGCAGGUGGAGGUGAUCACCAUGGAGAGCACCAAGAGCGGCCUGAAGUCGGAGAAGUCCGUGGAGCAGCUCACUGAGUGCAGCGCAGCCAAGGACCGAGCUGCAAAGGACGUCUUCGAUGAGUUAUUCAGUCUGGCUCCCGAGAAGGUGGGCGCCGUGAAGGAGGCCAUCAUGACCUUCGUCAACCAGAAGGUGGAGCGCCUGGGCCUGUCCGUGCAGAACCUAGACGCCCAGUUUGCAGAUGGUGUCAUCUUACUCCUGCUGAUUGGACAACUAGAGGGCUUCUUCCUGCACCUGAAGGAAUUCUACCUCACGCCCAACUCCCCCGCGGAGAUGCUACACAAUGUCACCCUGGCCCUGGAGCUGCUGAAGGAGGAAGGCCUGCUCGACUACCCUGUCAGCCCCGAAGACAUCGUGAACAAGGACAGCAAGAGCACGCUGCGGGUCCUCUACAGCCUCUUCUGCAAGCACAAGCUGAAGGACGGCCCGGACGGGGGGCCCCGGGGACCCCCGAGUUAACGGUCACCGCCCCAGCUGCUGCUCAGCCGCCUCCCCGCCCGGGCCCGCCCCCUCCGUUUCCUUCUGCUUGAGAACCUCUGAACCACUAGACGAGGAUCCGUUUUGAGCCAA